AUGGCUUCUUUCUUUUCUGAUUUUGGCCUUAUGUGGUACUUGGAAGAGCUAAAGAAGAAGGAAUUUGUAAAGUUUAAGGAGUUCCUCAAACAGGAGAUUUUGCAAUUGGGGAUGAAACGGGUUUCUUGGACAGAAGUGAAGAAGGCAUCUCGGCAAGACCUUGCCAACUUACUGUUGAAACAUUAUGAAGAGAAGCAAGCCUGGGAUAUGACCUUCAGAUUUUUCCAGAUGAUCAAUAGGAAGGAUCUCAUAGAGAGAGCAAAAAGAGAGAUUGAUGGAUACCAAAAGUUAUACCGAGUUCAUUUGAAGACAAAGCUGACCCAUGACAAUUCCAGAGUAUUCCAUAUGAGUAUUCAGGAUUUUUUAAAGGAGGAAAUUAAUGAGAAUGACUAUGAUUGUUUUGAGAACAUUUUCCAAUCAAACAGAAGUGAAUCGAAGCCACAGGUCAUGUUCCUGAGUGGUGUUGCUGGAACUGGCAAGACACUGACAUUGAAGAGGUUAAUGCUGGCCUGGAUAGAAGGCCUUGUGUUUCCACACAAAUUCUCCUACAUCUUCUACUUCUGCUGUCAAGAAGUGAAGCAGUUGAAGACAGCUAGCCUGGCUGAACUGAUCUCCAGAGAAUGGCCCAGCCCCUCAGCUCCCAUAGAUGAGAUACUAUCGGAACCAGAGAAACUCUUAUUUAUCAUUGACAGCUUAGAAGGGAUGGAAUGUGAUUUGUUCAAAAGAGAAUCGGAGCUGUGUGAUAACUGCAUGGAGAAGCAGCCAGUGAAUUUACUGCUGAGCUGUUUGCUCAGGAGGAAGAUGCUCCCUGAAUCCUCUCUCCUCAUUUCCACUACCCCAGAGAAUUUUGAGAAAAUAAGUAACAUGAUUGAGUACACACAUGUGAAAAAAAUAACGGGACUUAAGGAGAGCAACAUGAAGGUGUGUUUCCACAGAUUAUUCCAAGAUAGGGACAUAGCCCGGGAAGUCUUCAGUCUGGUGAGAGAAAAUGAGCAGCUGUUCGUUAUAUGUCAAGUCCCUGUGCUCUGCUGGAUGGUGGCUACCUGUUUAAAAGAACAGAUAGAGAAGGGAAAAGAUCCAGUCUCCAUCUGCAGACGUACUACCUCCUUGUAUACCACUCACAUUUUCAGUUUGUUCAUUCCCCAAAGUGCCCAUUCUCCAAGUAAGAAAAGCCAAGACCAGCUGCAGGGCUUGUGUUCUCUAGCUGCUGAGGGCAUGUGGACUGACACAUUUGUGUUUGACGAGGAGGCUCUCAGGAGAAAUGGGAUCAUGGAUUCUGACAUCUCCACACUUUUGGACAUUGGACUGCUUGCAAAUAUCAGGGAAUCUGAAAAUUCUUACGUUUUCCUCCAUCCAUCUAUCCAGGAAGUCUGUGCUGCCAUCUUUUAUCUGCUAAAGAGCCAUAUGGACCACCCUACCCAGGAUGUUAAAAGUAUAGAGACACUCAUGUUUACAUUUCUAAAAAAAGUCAAUGUACAGUGGAAUUUUUGGGGCUGUUUCAUCUUUGGCCUUUUACAUGAAUCGGAACAAAAAAAGCUAGAGGCAUUUUUUGGCCACCAGAUAUCCCAGGAAGUAAAGCAUCUGUUGUAUCAGUGCCUGGAAACCAUAAGUGACAAUGCAGAGCUUCAAGAACAGAUAGAUGGCAUGAAGUUGUUUUACUGUCUGUUUGAGAUGGAAGAUGUAGCCUUCUUAGUACAAGCAAUGAACUGUGUGGAACAGAUUAACUUUGUGGCUAAGAAUUACUCUGACAUUAUUGUUGCUGCCUACUGCUUAAAACAUUGUUCUACACUCAAAAAACUAUCAUUUUCAACCCGAAAUCUUCUGAAUGAAGAACAAGAACACAGCUAUAUGGAAAAGCUUCUCACUGGUUGGGAACAUAUUUGCUCUGUGCUCUUAAGCAGUAAGGACAUCCAGGAACUCCAAUUGAAAGACACUUAUCUCAAUGAAGCAGCAUUUUCGGUCUUGUAUAAUAAUUUGGCAUUCCACAACUCCACCCUUAAUGUACUUGUGGCAAAUAAUGUGUUCUUAUGUGAAAAGUACUUUUUCUUUGAGUUGAUUCGGUACUGCAAUUUGCUGUACUUGGACCUCAGCCUCACAUUCCUCUCCCACAGUGAUGUGAAACUAUUAUGUGAUGUCUUGAACCAGGCAGAGUGCAACAUAGAAAAACUUGUGGUAGCAGCCUGUAACCUUUUAUCUGAUGACUGCAAGAUGUUUGCCUCUGUCCUGAUCAACAGCAAGACUUUGAAGCAUCUUAAUUUGGCAUCCAACACCCUGGACAAAGGGAUAUCCUUACUGUGCAAGUCUUUGUACCACCCAGACUGCAUUCUUGAGCACUUAGUUUUGGCCAACUGUUCACUCAGUGAAAAAUGUUGGGACUACCUUUCAGAAGUUCUUAGGCGGAACAAAACUUUAAGCCAUCUAGACAUCAGCUCCAAUGACCUCAAGGAUGAAGGACUGAAGGUUCUCUGUGGGGCUCUGACUCUCCCAGACAGUGUCCUAAACUCAUUAUCGUUGAGACAUUGUCUCAUCACCACUAGUGGCUGCCAUGAUCUGGCUGAAGUUCUGAGGUGCAACAAGAACCUGACCAGUCUACACAUUUCAAACAAUAAGUUAGAAGACGCUGGUGUGAAGGUGCUGUGUGAUGCUAUAAAACAUCCCAACUGCCACUUAGAGGAUCUUGGGCUGGAUGCCUGUGAGCUAACUGGUGCCUGUUGUGAGGACCUUGCUUCUUCCUUAACCCACUGUAAGACCCUGUGGGCUAUCAACCUGAUGAAGAACGACUUGGACUACAGUGGGUUGGUUGUGCUAUGUGAGGCUCUGAAACAGCAAACGUGUCCCACAUAUGCACUUGGAUUGCGAAUUACUGAUUUUGAUACUGAAACCCAAGCAUUUCUGGUUGCUGAGGAAGAGAAAAAUCCCUGCUUGAACAUUAUAAGCGGUGUGUAA